CUGGUGCACCUGGGCUGGACGGCCAGCGAGGACCUGCUGUGCAUCCAGGAGGAUGGCACCGUUCUCAUCUACAACCUCUUCUGCGAGUUUAAGCGUCACUUCAGCAUGGGCAACGAGGUGCUGCAGAACCACGUGCUGGAGGCGAAGGUCUUCCACACGGAGUACGGCACCGGCGUGGCCAUCCUCACUGGGGCACACCGCUUCUCCUUAACGACCAACAUCGACGACCUGAAGCUGCGCAGGAUGCCCGAGGUCCCAGGUCUGCAGAAACCGCCCUCCUGCUGGGCCGUGCUCUCCCAGGACAGAGUGACCAUCAUCUUGCUGGCGGUCGGCCAGGACCUGUACCUGCUGGACAACACGUCCUGCUCCGUGGUGACCCCACCUGGCAUGAGCCCCACUGCCGGAGCCUAUCUGCGGAUGGCCGUGUCCUUCAACUACCGCUGCCUGGCACUCUUCACUGACACCGGCUACAUCUGGAUGGGGCUCUCCACGCUGAAGGAGAAACUCUGCGAAUUCAACAGCAGCAUCCGAUCUCCACCCAAGCAGAUGGUUUGGUGCAUGCGUCCCCGGAGCCGGCAGCGUGCCGUGGUGGUGGCCUGGGAUCGUCAGCUCAUGGUGGCAGGGAACUCCGCGGAGUGCAUCCAAUUUGUUCUGGAUGAGGACUCUUACCUGGUGCCGGAGCUGGAUGGAGUCCGGAUCUUGUCCCGCACCUCCCACGAGUUCCUGCAUGAGAUCCCAGAGGCCAGCCAGGAGAUCUUUAAGAUCGCCUCCAUGGCCCCAGGGGCGCUCCUGCUGGAGGCACAGAAGGAGUACGAGAAGGAGAGUCAGAAGGCAGACGAGUACCUGCGGGAGAUCAAGGACCAGAAGUUGCUUCCAGAGGCAGUGAGCCAGUGCAUCGAGGCAGCUGGCUACGAGCACGAGCCCGAAACCCAAAAGUCCCUGCUCAGGGCUGCCUCGUUUGGGAAGUGCUUCAUUGACAAGUUCCCCUCGGAGAGCUUUGUGCGCAUGUGCCAGGACCUGCGGGUGCUCAACGCCAUUCGGGACUAUCAGAUCGGCAUCCCCCUCACCUUCACCCAAUACAAGCGGCUUACCAUUGAAGUCCUGCUGGACAGGUUGGUUCUGCGGCGGCUCUACCCCCUGGCUAUCAGGAUCUGCGAGUACCUGCGCCUCUCGGAGAUCCAGGGCGUCAGCCGCAUCCUGGCGCACUGGGCCUGCUACAAGGUGCAGCAGAAGGACAAGUCAGAUGAGGAGGUGGCCCACGCCAUCAACCAGAAGCUGGGUGACACACCAGGCAUCUCGUACUCAGAAAUUGCCGCCCGGGCUUACGACUGCGGCAGGACAGAGCUGGCCAUCAAGCUGCUGGAGUAUGAGCCACGAUCUGGGGAGCAGGUCCCGCUGCUGCUGAAGAUGAAGCGGAGCAAGCUGGCCCUGAGCAAAGCCAUCGAGAGCGGGGACACCGACCUGGUCUACACUGUCGUGCUCCAUCUGAAGAAUGAACUGAAUCGUGGCACUUUCUUCAUGACGCUGCAGAACCAGCCGGUGGCCCUGAGCCUGUACCGCCAGUUCUGCAAGCACCAGGAGCGGGAGACGCUGAAGGACCUGUAUAACCAGGAUGAUAAUCACCAGGAACUCGGCAACUUCCACGUCCACUCCAGCUACUCAGAGAAGCGCAUCGAGGGGAGAGUGGGGGCUCUGCAGAAUGCCCUGGAUGCGUACUACAAAGCCAAGAAUGAGUUUGCUGCCAAGGCCACAGAGGAUCAAAUCAAGCUUUUGCGGCUCCAGCGACACCUCCAGGAGGACUUUGACAAGCCCUACCUUGACCUCUCUCUGCAUGACACAGUCUCCAACCUGAUCCUGGAUGGCCACCACAAGCGGGCUGAGCAGCUGUACCGGGAGUUCAAGAUCCCCGAUAAGCGGUACUGGUGGCUGAAGAUCAGUGCCCUGGCCAACCGCGGAGACUGGGAGGAAAUGGAGAAGUUCUCCAAGAGCAAGAAGUCGCCCAUCGGGUACCUGGUAAGAGGUUUUGCUCCUGGAGGCGGCCCUGGCCCUGCCCCGUGCCAGCAGUUUGCCCCGUCCCAGGACACGUGGCAGGGCCCCAGCGGUGUCACUGGGGAGGUGGCCAUGGGGGCCAUGGGACGCAGCAGGGUCUGGUUCUAUUUCUACAAUUUCUAUUGA